CGAUUUAUGACAAGUUCACUGUAGUAUGGAAAAGAAACGUAUAUUAACCAAGAGAAAUACUUACCAAGAUAUUUAAAAUGGUGUGGUGGGUAGAUAGACCUAUAAUGAAUAAUUCUGAAAAAGUAGUAAGGGAUAAAUUUGGUGAAACAAUCGAUAGAUUAUUCCAGUCAGUUAAUAUUAUGGUUGUUAUAAGACAAAGCAGUAUUGAUGUUGACGAUAUUUACCGUCUAUUAUGCAAUGGCGUGAAUAUAUUCAAUAUUGAUAGGACCAUACAAAAAGAAGAGUUGUACGAUUAUCUGAAGGAAGCCGUCUGCGAAGCUGUACUGAUACCCAGAAUGUACCCCUCCCUAUACAUUAGAUCUGUAGCACUAUCAAUCACAAUGUCAGUCAAUAAUCCUAUAGAAGUGGACGACAGAGUACGGGAUCAAAUGUUUGAUUUAUCAUCCAUUGAUUUUAUAAUCCUCAAGGAUGUAAUUAAUAAAGAUGAAGUAAUAAAAUUUAAGACGAGGCAUGUGAAAUUGGGCUUGCCUAUCUUUCUCUGGAUGUCAGAAAUUUGUAUGGAAAAGAUAAUCGAACUGAUUGAGAUUUCAGACGGAAUCGUAUUUGAAUUUCCAGAUGUAUCACAAAGAAUUUCAUCAGAAGUUUCAGAAAUUUGCAAAAAGUAUGAAAAGCCAUUAUUUUAUUCGAAAUCGAAUUUAUUUGAAGAAGACUAUAGAUAUAAUGGUAGACAGAAAAUGCUAUCUGUUGCAAAAGAAAUAGUGAAUGGUAAUAUGGACGGUGUAAUGAUAUCCGAUGUUAACGCGCCAAUAGAAAUAUUCAAAAAUAUAAUUUUGAAUACUGUUGAAGCUCUGUGUUUAGCAGAAGAAGGACGAGAACUGGAAAACUGGUAUACAACAUUAAUAUUGAAAAUUAAGUCUCCUCAACUAGUACCUGUGACGACGAUGGUAGCAGCAGUACUAGCUGCCUGGAAGAGUGGAGUUGCCGCUAUUAUGUUGCUGACGGCCAGUGGGAGGUCGGCUAGGAUGCUUUCUUCUUUAUCAUCACCGUUUCCUAUCUUAGCUAUCACAGCGAAGGAAUCUGUAGCUAGGCGUCUGCAUUUGUAUCGGAAAGUUAUUCCUCUACACUAUAAAGGGCGUCGGGCCGUAAACUGGCGCGAAGAGUGGCGAAACCGAGUACUUUUUGGCAGCGAAUUUGCUUUGAAGACCGGCCUAUUCUGCGGUGGAGCCAAAUUAGUGGUGCUUGCACAGUCCGAAGAAGGCGCGGGGUGCUGCAACGAGUUCCAAAUUGUUAUCGCCCGGGCAUGAUGCGCCGAGUGAAUUCUGCUGUGCAUCGACUUUUUUGCCGUCAUUUGUUUUCCAGUUACGAUUGUUGUGCUUCGUAAUUAAGUUGCAAAAAAAAGUAUGCGUACAUUUAUUGAUUUCGUUACGAAUCUUAUUUUUCGUUACGUAAAGUUAAAUAAAAUAUCAUAAAUUCGGUACCUAACGUAAUAAUUACUUGUCUUCAUAAGACUUGAUGAAUAAUGUUAUCAACAUCUUUAUCGUUGUACACGUUAAAUUAGAAAAGUUGAGAAACUCUGAUAGGAUAUUGUUAUUUAAGGUAAAAUAAUAAUACUAUUUACUCGUAUUACAUCCAUUAUAUUAAUAGUCCUCAACACUUUUGUUCAACCCAAACUUGGAGUUUAUGUUGAAACUGUUUUGAAUAAACGGAUUUUCC